AUGCCCCGCGUUACGACUUCGUGGAACGGGCAGCGUUUCCGUUCGCAGCCUUACGGCUAUCGCUCUACGCAAAGUGCCCAACAGAAUCAGCAGUCACGGGCAUAUCCUGGCGGCUCUUACGAUGCUCAAGCCUCCAUCAUCCAGUCUGAGGACCAAGUUGCUCCUGAGGCUUCCAGCAACAGCACUGGAGAGCAUACCGAUGGGCUUGCCCAUGUGGACUGGCAGCCUAUCCCUCCCACAGACGCCCCUAUUCCCGAUGUGGAGCCGCUCGACCUUCCGGCCCCGGCCCCGGCCCCUGUCCCUGCUCCGACCGAGCCCGGGUUGCCCGGAGAGAAGCUUGACGCCCCCCUGGACGGUGCUCCUGUCGGUUCCGGACCAAGUGAGCCGCCCCGAGGCCCUCGAUACCCUCGCUACGACAGCUACCGUCCACGAGAGCUCAAAAUGGUUAACAGCAUGUCUCUCCAGACAAUCAGCCGUACCAACAGCCGUGCUCCUCCAUCCAUGAGCAUUUACAACAACAGCCGUGGUGGCGGGGUGCAGGACAAUGUGUUCACCAAGGUUCCCACCGCUUCCAAGACCAUUUCUUUCCGUGUGGAUAGCGAAGAGACCCUUCUGCAGGCCUACCGACAUGUCAAGGCUAUGAAUCCGUCUGCUCCCGUGGGUGGCGUCAUGUUUAGCGUCGCACCAAAGACCGAGAAGCACGAGUUCCUUUUCACUGAGGUGGACAACAUCCGCUGGAAUGCCCUUACCGGCCGCCAGAAUUCUCACCUUCCACCUGGUGUGCAGAUCUUCCGAAACAGAGACGGAGGGUUUAGUAUCAACACCUGA